AUGCACAGGCGAGAGCAACCAGCAGGUGCUGGCGCAGGCCAGGGAUCUCAGAGGCCAGAGCCUCAAAAUGAACACCGCACUGUGAGUCCAGCAACACAGACGGCGCGCUUACAACCAGAUGAGAUGCUUUUGGAUCAUUUUGGAGACUUCAACAAUGCGUCGCUGUUUGAUGGCUUUGAACAACGCGACCCUGUUGUUUCCCCACCUCGAGACUCGCCGCCCCACGCUCGUACCAGGACCAACGAAGCUGUAACUUUACCGGAUCCGCUCAUGGAGCCUUUGGACAGUGCUUCUGCGUCUUGCUGUCGGGAUGGCAUUGACAGUGGCACUCUGAUUAGACAAGCCACUUCAAUUGUGCUGUGUGCGCGAGAAAAACAUCAUCUUUCACAGACUGGCGUAAAUGAUGUGGUGGCUGCAAUACAGGAGUAUCAAGGUGUCUUCGGCUGUUUACGCGCAACCCUGCAGGCCCAUUCAUCUUUCACCCGGGCACGCGCCAAGGUCAAUGAGCCGCGGCGCCGGAGCGAAACCAGGCCUGACACGGAGAGAGAGCGCGGGAGGAGUAGUUUGGAUCGCUUUACGUCAAACUCACUGAGGGCCGUGGUUGCAGGGGGCGCGGUAAUGGUGUUCAAUGAAGCCAGGAAAGAGGCGGGCGGUUUCGCAGUUUGUGGAGGAAUUAGGGAGUAA